UGCAUUGUAAACAGUACUGGAAAUGUGUCUCUAGAAUACAAGACUAUCACAUAAUAUUCUUCAAUCAACGUUAGCCAGCGUAAGGUCAACACAGAUGAUGCUGAUGAAGAAGAUGCGGACUGCUGCACGACUCAGGUCUCAGUUGUGGAGUCUGAAGAUGCCUAGCCUCUGUCACAGAAGCUUUGCUGCCAUCUCCACUUACAAAGCUGUAAUUUUUGACAUGUAUGGAGUUCUCAUUCCGUCACCUGUCAAAUUGGCAACAGUGUUUGAACAACAGAACAGUGUUCCUCUGGGCACGCUGGGCAGGGCCAUCAGGACGGGUGGGGAGUUGAACGCGUGGAAGAGGUUCAUGCGUGGAGAGAUUGGGGCUGAGGAGUUUGUGGAGGCCUUCGGCAGGCAGUGCAGUGAGAUAGCAGGAUGUCCUGUUCCCAUUGGCUCAUUCUUGUCUGAUCUGACCAGUGGGCCAAUGACCAGGCCUCUACCCGUCAUGAUGAAGGCCAUUUUGUGUGCUCGCUCCAGGGGCCUGAAGACUGCUGUCCUCAGCAACAACUUCUUCCAGCUGAACGGUGACCCCUUUCUGCCUCUGGACCACUCUCUCUUCGAUGUGAUAGUUGAGUCGUGUAGGGAGGGCCUCAGUAAGCCAGAUCCUAGGAUCUACCACCUGUGUCUGAACAGACUGGGUGUCUCUGCCCAUGAGGCUGUGUUUCUGGAUGACCUGGAGUUAAACGUUAAGGCAGCUGUCCAGCUAGGGAUGCAUGCUAUCAAGGUAGGGGACCUUGCAGUGUCAGUGAAGGAGCUGGAAGGGAUGCUGGGGAUCCCCCUGUCAGGGUUUGUUCCUGGUCCUGACUCAGCCCCUUGGGCCACAAAGCUCCCUAUGGACCGACUCACACAGUACCUGAGGAAGGCUCUCCAUCUGUCUGACGAAGACCCUGUUGCUGUCCAACAACUCAGCCCCAGCCAGUCAAACUCCUUAUAUCACUUGACCACUGGAGGGCGCCAUCUACUCCUGAGGAAACAGCAGAAGACCUCCCGAGCCAUGGAGACAGAGUACAGGAUGUUGAAAUCUCUCAAUGGAUCCAGCAUCCCUGUUCCAGAGAUCAUUGAUCUGUGUGAGGACCCAAGUGUCCUGGGUGCUCCCUUCCUCUUGAUGGAGGUCUGUCUAGGGAGGAUGUUCAGUGACCACUCCCUGCCAGGCCUGACCCCUGGGGACAGGAGGGCUUUGUACCAAGCCAUGCAACACACACUCUGCCAGAUCCACUGUCUAGAUACUAGAGUAGUCGGCCUGGAGGACUACGACGAGCCAGUGGAUUACAUGGGGCUUCAGGUACGGUGGUGGACUCAGCAGUACAGGGACAGUGAGACCCCGCCCAUCCCAGCCAUGGAGAGACUCAUACAGUGGCUUCCUCUGCACCUCCCCAAACACCAGAGAACUACGCUGAUCCAUGGAAGCUUCAGACUGGAGAACCUUGUGUUCCACGCAGAGAAGCCAGAGGUGGUUGCGGUGAUGGACUGGGGCCGUUCCAGACUGGGUGACCCUCUAAUAGACCUGACCUUCAGCUGUAUGGGUCACUGCCUGCCCCAGGACAACCCUCUACUGACAGGUAUAUCUGACAGGGGCCUAGUCCAGCUGGGUAUCCCCACUGUAGAGGAGGUGAUGGGGCAGUACUGCAGCUCUAUGGGUCUGGAGGAGGGAAUCCCAGACUGGAACUUCUACAUGGCCUUCCACCUCUUCUGCCUGGCAGCCAGCCACCAGGGGGAGAGCAAGAGUACCAUUGCAGGUACCAGAACAUAGACCAGAGUUUAGGAUUGUGUCUCAGGCAAUAUCUUCAACGAGAAUUAAUAAAGCUUCGUAAAGGUACAUCGUUUGGAUCUUAUAGCUUGUCAGCUAUUACUUGGUCCUCUGUAGCUGUUGGAAGAGCAUUACUCUUGCAACACCAGGAUAGUGGGUUCGAUUCCCAGGACCACUCUAUUUUUUUUAAGUAUCUGCAUGCAUGACUAAUUUGCUUUGGAUAAAAGUGGCAUAUAUUACUAUUAUAUUAUUUAGCUAGCCUAAUAGUCUGUCCAGAUUAUAUUAUUACUUAGCUGGCCUAACAGUCUGUCCAGAUUAUAUUAUUACUUAGCUGGCCUAACAGUCUGUCCAGAUUAUAUUAUUAUUUAGCUAGCCUAGUCUGUCCAGAUUAUAUUAUUACUUAGCUGGCCUAACAGUCUGUCCAGAUUAUAUUAUCACUUAGCUGGCCUAACAGUCUGUCCAGAUGAUAUUAUCACUUAGCUGGCCUAACAGUCUGUCCAGAUGAUAUUAUCACUUAGCUGGCCUAACAGUCUGUCCAGAUGAUAUUAUCACUUAGCUGGCCUAACAGUCUGUCCAGAUUAUAUUAUCACUUAGCUGGCCUAACAGUCUGUCCAGAUUAUAUUAUUACUUAGCAGGCCUAACAGUCUGUCCAGAUUAUAUUAUUACUUAGCUGGCCUAACAGUCUGUCCAGAUUAUAUUAUUAUUUAGCUAGCCUAACAGUCUGUCCAGAUGUUAACCUUACAUCUGUUUUAUGAACAAUAUGUAGUUGUAGGCUUAACUAUCCCUCCUUUACAGGACAAACUGGCUCUGGGAGGUUAGCUGAGCAGGUGGCUGACCUGGCCUGGGACUUUGCCACCAAAGAGGGCUUUCGUAUCUUCAACGCCAUGCCCAGGGCGCCUCAUGCAGGCACUUCCCCUUUAAAGGGGCAAGUAGCAGAGUGACUGCUUUGUUGUUUUUCAAAUCCUGGAUUGCCCCUUUAAGACCAGAUUUCAGUAGCUGAAGUGAUUGGCGGCAUAGAGGAAGUCGUCUGUUCUUUUUUGGUGCUUAAGUACACAUUACAUUACUACAUUUAUACCCAGGAUAUUGUUUUUCCAACAGGAAAAGGUCAAAAAUAACUGGAGCGGGACUUUAAGGGAUGUCUUAGAGAGGAUGACUGCCCAUCCUACCCAGACUUCCAGAGCUCAGCUGUUCAUCCACUAUUCCCUCCAGGAGCCCUGGGCUACUGUCUCAGCCAGGAAACGGCAGCCUUCCCUGGGCAGGAUCGCCCCAGGCCGUAGAUGGCCUAAAGCUGAUAGGGGAUUGCUGUGCCUCAGAAUCUUUUGCACUUGUUUUUCUCUUCCUGGCUUUUUUCUACUGAUAGCAGCUGUUUCCAAAAAGGCUUUACUUGCAAUAACUGUGGUUGUUUUUUUCCCAACAGAACUUCAUCUCUGGACAAGAGUGUCCGCUAGAUAAAUACAAUGUAAAUGUCCACUAAGGUCUAUUUCUCAGAUUAUUUACAUUAGUUCAAACUUUAUGGAGCCUGAAGAUGUUAUGGUCAGCAAUGCUUGUCAAGUGGUCCUGGGCUUUACUCAACCAUUACUCUAAUUAAAUAACCCACACCAAGUAUCCAGUCAGAGAUGUCAGUAUAUUACACGUCAUUACAUUAUUGUAUGACACAACCACAGUCUGUUAUAACAUUGUAUAUUCUGUCAAAAUAAAGUAUAUCACUAUUUUCUUCUACAUGACUGA